UUUCUUAUUGUUCUUUUCUGUUACAGUUGCUGUUCAUCCAAUUUCAGUCCAUGUUUCUGGUGGUCAAGGUUCUGCAGUUGGUAUACGAGUCUUUUAGAGCGCUUCUUUGGUUUUUCCGGGGAAAGAAUCGCAAAGCAUCCGUUAAUCGUCAUCUCUCUCUGUCUUGCCCUCGUUGCCAUAUUUUCCGUGGGUUUUGUCUGGUUCCAGGCAGAGAACAGAACGGUGAAACUCUUUAUUCCACAAAGCAGCCGAGCCAUUGACGAUUUAAAAAAAGCCGAUAAAUACUUCAGAGUAAAAGUUCGUCAAGAAAUCAUCCUUUUAGUGGCAUCUUCUGAUCAUCCCAAUGUUCUUUCCCCUGAUUGUCUGCGGCAGGCUUUCAAGGCACAUCGCGCGACUGGAGACUACUCUGAAUUCUGUGUCACCCUCUCAGGAGAGAAAGCUCGUACGGAAGACGACUGCAUGAUUAUUAACCCGCUGGAAUUUUUGAAGUAUAAUGACAGUAAUCUCAAGGGUAAAACCCUGGAACAGAUUCAAAAAGACAUAACCAAAGCGUACAACUCAAGCUCAUUGAUGCGGAAUGGCCGUACCUUCUCAUUCAACUUUAAACGCACUUUUGGCGGGGUCACUUGGCAAAAUGGAACCAUCACAGGGGCCAGAGCAUUGCAAAUGGUGUAUCUAAUGAAUGACCCGACUGACGAAGAAGAAAAUGAAAAAGUUCUCCAGUGGGAAAAGAUGUUCAUCGAGAAAAUAGAGGCGUUAGUGGGCGCUCUUCCCUGCUUUGAAGUCCAUUAUUCAAGCGAGAGAAGCCUAGACGACGCUAUUGCGGAAAGUAGUGGCUCUGACGUCAGCUUGGUGUCAAUCACUUUCACUGUCAUGAUCACAUUCGCCUGCUUUAUGCUCGGCAAGUUCCUCAAUCCGCUGACUGGUCACUCGUUGCUCGCUAACGCCGGAGUGUUUGCAGUGGCCCUUGGAAUACUAUCCGGGUUUGGUCUUGCCAUGUGGUGUCGCGUUCCUUUCGUCAGUAUGGUGGGCGUGUUACCUUUCUUAGUUCUCGGAAUUGGAAUCGAUGACAUGUUUAUCAUUGUGGAUGAGCUUGAUCGACAACCACGUGAUAUGUCAAUAACAGAAAAAGUUAAGGCUGUGAUGUCGCAUUCAGGGGCCACUAUUACCAUGACAACCAUGACUGAUCUGGUGGCUUUCGCAGUUAGUACUUCUACCUCUUUUCCAGCGAUAAGGUAAGUAGCAUUUCUUGGUUCAGCAUAAGGUAAUAAAUGAAUAGUAAAACAGUUAUAAGAUUCGUCUUUCGCAUGAUCUGAAGAAUUGUGCAGAUCCCAGAGGAUGUUAUCCAUCUCGGCCGCAUAAUUCUUCAUAUCAAGCUCAGCCUCAGCCAAUAAUUGCUAGUUAACUAGAGUGUUAAAUUUAGCGGCCGCUUUUUUUGGUACACGGUUGUGAGAGUAUUAUUAUUUUUUGUCAGGUAUUUCUGUAUCUAUGCGGCUUUGACAGUGACCUUCUCCUACGUAAUGAUCAUAACGUUUUUCGUGGCCAUCAUGACAUACGACGUAAAGAGAAUAAAAUCUGGUCGACGAGACUUGUUACCAUUCUGCCAUGCCCAUCCGCCGAAGGACGGUGCGCCAGCCUGGGACGAGCCAAUACCUCAGUUAUCGAAUCGCGCUAUGGAGGCCUGGGGCAGAUUUCUUACCAAUCCAGUGACAAAGAUGGUUGUUGUCGUUUUAUCGCUAGGCUUACUUGGCGCUGGAAUAUACGGAGUUACUAAAGUAGAUGAAAAAUUUGACAGAAGGAUCUUGGCAAAGGAUGAUUCGUACUUGAGACGAUUUUUGACUGCUGAAGAAAAAAAUUUCGAACUGUCCGUUGAGGUCAGCAUUGUAGAAACUGGAAAAAUAAGUUAUGAGAAAUCGUCUUUACAGGAAGCUAUCAAAAACCUAACAAACAUUGUCAACAGCAACGAACAUUACUUUGACCGUACUCUAUCGUGGAUGGACCAUUUCUCAAAGUUUGCUAACAUGUCUAACAUCAGCACUACAGGACCAGCAUUUUUGCCUGGGUUGAAAGCCUUCCUCAGACAGCCAGAGUUUUCAUUUUUCCGUCAAGAUUUGAAGUUUUCCCCUGAUAACUCUACACUAGAAGCUUCGCGCAUUCUCGGUUUCAUGAAAAGCAACGGCGAGUCUACAUUCCAAAAAAAUGCUAUGCAAACCCUUCGCGACGAUCUUGAAACCAAGUCCGAACUCGGAGUCUUCCCUAUUACACGAGCGUUUAUUUUCUUUGAGCAGUAUGCGAUCACAUCACGUGAAACUAUACGGAACCUCAUAAUCGCUGCUGUAGCAGUCUUUGUCAUCACCAGUCCCUUUUUGGUAGAUUGCACAGUGGCAAUUCUCGUGUUGUUCAAUUUCGCCGCCUUGAUAUGCGAGCUGUUUGGAUUAAUGGUUAUUUGGGAUGUGUCGCUCAACGCUGUGUCCAUGAUAAAUCUUGUUAUGGCUAUUGGCUUUGCAGUUGACUACAGCGCACACAUUGCCCAUGCGUACGUGAUGUCCAAAAAGUUGUCAGCAAAUGACCGAGUGGUGGAUGCUCUGAAAACUCUGGGUGCUAGUGUACUCAUGGGAGGUAAGUGAAAAUGAUUAAUCAUACAAAGAAUAUUAAAUUCUGAGAGUCAGAUUGGAGGCUACCUGACUAUACAACUAACUACUGCAUUACUGCACUUUCCUGCGUAUUAAUUUGCUGAAAAUGUCCUGCGGAAAACCCUGGAAAUGGCAUUUCCGAGAAUCUAAAUUUAAGAAUUUUCUGAGGGCAUGCUCCCCAGACCCCCCUAGGUUGUGUCGCCUUCGGCGCUACAACUUUUCCUCCCAGUGUGCGCCCACCUUCAAAAUCUCACGCUACGCCCAUGACUAAAAUACUUUUAACAAUACUCCAGAACAUAGAGUUUCAAGGACAGUUAUCGUUUCAUUGCAACCUAACUUGUGAUCUUGUUCUAAUUCUUAUUCUAAUCAUAUAAUCUGCAAAGGGUAUAUCCCGUCACGGCAGAUGGGCAUAUCCCAUCAAGGCAAAUUAAUUUAGGCCAUUUAGGCCUAAAUUAAUUUGAAAUUAAAAGGAUUCAAUUCUAAUCGUAAUUAUCUUAUGGAAAAUCAAGCAGUUGACAAGUAUUUAAAGAACGACCACGGUCUAGAAACCAGAGACGACCUAAGCGGCAACUUCUCCUUACUAAAGAAGUGAAAUGGAAAACUAGACUGUCUGAUUUAUGAAGUGCUUUUUAUUCAGGAGAAUAAACCAAGGUUAAACACACAAUCAGAUUCCAUUCGGGCAAAAUUGUUUAACAUAUUUUCAGCAUUUUCAUUUACACGUUCAAACAUGUCACUUUUGUUCUCCAGGUUGGUUAUGUCGCUACAAACUGCAUACAUGUAUGUUUUUGUUUCAGUUUCUUGUUUUUUCUUCAGGUUUCAGUACCUUCCUUGGAAUGAUCGUACUUGCAUUUGCUGCAUCCGAGAUAUUCCGAAUCUUUUUCCGAAUGUUCCUUGGAAUCGUUGGUUUUGGCCUUAUUCACGGUCUGUGCAUUUUGCCUGUUUAUAUGUCUUUGCUGUGUUGGGGGCCGACUGUUACCAGAUCUCCCUCAGUGAGAGCGAGCGCGGAACGACUUAGUAGCGGAAGCCAGAAAGAUGAGACUAGCCAA